UGUUUGUGUUGAACAGAUCACAUCACACUGGACAAACUGAACAGUGUCCUGGCGAUGCUUCAAGGAGCCAAUCAGAAGGCUUUGUUAACCUAUUCAAAAGUAGACCUGCGCUCACAGGAAGCCUAUGAACUGGCUGCACUGGGUUUACUGGGCCCAGAGGGGAAGUCGGCGCCGAUUCUAACUGGUCUGCGCUGCAUCGACUUCCAACCUCCAAACUUCACCUUAGAGGUGCAGUGCAUAAAUGAAACGCAGAAAUAUCUGCGCAGAGUCGUGCACGAGAUCGGACUGGAGCUGCGCAGCACGGCAGCGUGCACGGGUGUGAGACGCACCAGGGACGGAGCCUUCACCCUGAGGCACGCCCUGGUACGGCAGCGCUGGACCGGCUCUGACGUCAGGUCUGCCAUCCAAGAAUACCGCGCUCUGGAGAAGAAGAGCAAACGGAAUCAGUCGCCGAUGAAAAAGAACGAUUUCCGGUCAGUGGAAGAGAAGAGAGAAACUGUGAGUCAACGACAUGGAAGCAGUGAGAUAACAGUGGCAGCAGGAGGUGAAUGAUGAAGGUCAUGACCCUAAUUAUUAACUGUAAAUAUUUAUAACUUAAACUCACUAAAUUAAAGUGCUUUUUAUGUGACAGAC